ACAUGCGACUGUUUUCCUCCUGACGGGCGAAGGACACGGAUGUUGUUGCAUGAGCCUCGAAGUGCCUCGGAUUCAUUCGUAAUAACGGGUUACGUCAAGUUUUGAACUUUGAGCGACGAAUCUUUCCUUUUGCUGUACAAAAUUGAUGUAGGUGGUAAAUUGGCGUUUAAAAAAAGAAAAAGAAAAAGAAGACCCGACCGGCGGAAGUAAAAGGUAAAGAAGGAAACCUGACGACGCAUCGAAGGAGAAACGGAUCUUGUUCAGCUGAUAUCAACCAAACGACCUUUCACUCUGCUACUUGCAGUAUCUUCCAUGGAUGUGUCAGAUUCCUGAGCAGGAAGGAUGACAUCAGAGGCUGCUGUCUCUGCUAUCAGCAGUACCCGUGCAAAGAGGGACUACUACUGGCUUCGCACUAUUUUAGCUGGAGGUGUGGCAGCAUGUUGUGCCAAGACUACCAUCGCUCCUCUGGACAGAGUCAAGAUUCUUCUUCAAGCCCAGAACCCCCAUUACAAACACUUUGGAGUGUUUUCCAUUCUCAGAGCAGUCCCACAAAAAGAAGGCUACCUUGGCUUGUACAAGGGUAAUGGGGCUAUGAUGAUCAGGAUCUUUCCCUAUGGAGCCAUCCAGUUCAUGGCCUUUGACAAUUAUAAAAAGCUGCUCAGUACACAUAUUGGGAUCUCAGGACACAUCCACCGCCUCAUGGCAGGAUCUAUGGCUGGGAUGACUGCGGUGAUAUGCACCUAUCCUCUGGACAUGAUCCGAUCCAGACUGGCCUUCCAGGUGACAGGGUAUCACCGCUACACUGGAAUAAUUAAUGCCUUCCACACCAUCUACCUUAAGGAGGGGGGCGUCUUGGGCUUCUAUAGGGGACUCACUCCAACACUUAUUGGAAUGGCCCCCUAUGCAGGUUUCUCAUUCUUCACCUUCGGCACGCUGAAGAGCCUCGGCUUGAAACACUUCCCUGAUCUCCUGGGACAACCUUCCUCCGACAACCCCGAUGUCCUGAUACUGAAAGCCCAUGUUAACCUGCUCUGUGGAGGGAUCGCUGGUGCCAUCGCUCAGACGAUAUCGUACCCUUUGGACGUGGCGCGGAGAAGAAUGCAAUUAGGAACCGUGCUCCCAGACUUUGAGAAAUGCUCAACAAUGAGGAACACUCUCUCAUAUGUGUAUAAUACGUAUGGCAUCAAGAAGGGGUUGUACCGAGGCCUUUCUCUCAACUACAUCCGCUGUGUCCCCUCACAGGCCAUCGCCUUCACCACCUAUGAGUUCAUGAGGCAGGUCCUCCACCUGAACUAACCGCUCUUCAAACGUUCAAGUCUGAAGCCGGGGCCUGUGAACGCCCUGAGUCAUUGAACAGAUCGACCGUUAAUGCUUCCUUCAUACAGUGAUCCAAGAUUUCCUCAAAAUGUCCUAUACUCUUUUAUGCUGGAGCUGCCUUUUCCUUGAGUUCACUGAAGGCACCAGGGGAGUCGUUGCGAGCUGAAAAAGUGAGACUAGAUCUCAGACAGAGAGACGCUCUCUUUGUCGUUCCCGCUUAAUUCUCGCUUUUGUGACUCGUCGCUCUUAACAAAAGAUAUACCAGCAACAAGUGGCUUGGGUUUGAGCGACUUCGACAUUAGUGUCACCAUGGAUACAGUGGGGGAAGUGGCAUCGUAGUACCUGCUUUGUUGGUCGGAUGGCUUGGAGCCAUAACAUGCACUCUAGCAAAGUUAGCAAACCUCUGAUUGUAUGGAAGCCUCCUGAUUCACAUCAAACACAUAUGUUUUUUUUCUGUUGAUUUCAUGACUGAUUUUAAGAUGGACACUUGUUGAACACUUAAAUGAAAAGUUUCUUUCUAAUCUUUUUUUAUUAUUAUAAUUUUUUUACGAAAAGGGAACUCGGUGAGUUGCAUCACCCCUACGUAUGAACAUACUUUUAUUUGUUUGUCAUAUCUUCUCCUUAAAAAGUGGGUGAUGACGUGUUGAAAUUUGACAAUAAGCUCAUGAUUUGUAGUUCUUUAUUCAGGACUCAGUGUGUCUUUACAUUUCAGUGCAGAUGUGAGAUGCAGUAAAUUCAGAAGUUUACCUGCUGACAGAUGUAGUGACUGAACAGAAGAGCACAGAACUUUUGUUUAUGGCAACUUGAAAAUUUUAUUGCCAAACCUUGAUAAGAGCAGUUACUGAAUGUUUUUUUAACUGCAGAAUGAUAUUUUGUUUAUGUCAGUUAAUGUGCACUCAGAUGUUUAGUUUGUUGCUUUGAUGCUAUCGAUUGAUGCUGGACUCAUGAUAUGUUCAGUUUCCUUUUUCAGUGUUUAAGAUGAAAGCUUUUUAAAUGAAUAUGGAUGUAGCUCGGUAUGAAGCUGCCUGUAGGGACUGAGGAGAAAUUUGCACAUCAUCACUGUAGCGUUCUCGUCUUUUAUUUAUUGAUUUAGCGACCAGUUGCCACUGGGUGGCAGCAUUGGAUAUACAUUUUAUAGUUUACUAUAAGAGCUGCACACAUCAUUCAUACAAAUCUCUAAUGAAAUACUUCUAAGAUUAUCAUUUCUUCCAUUUUGCUUAACUAAAGCAAGUUGUCUGUCUGCAGUUUACGUGUAAGGAAGGCUGAACAAUAUUUACUAUAAAGCCUUCAAUUCACUGCCAACGUUUGCUUCAGCUUCUUUGCUUGGUCUUUUUUUUCUUCAGCCUUAUGCCUUCCUCUGAAUUCAAAGUCUUACUUUACUAGACAUCCAUGAUUUCCUUUGAGUUUUUCUGCAUGCAGAAAGUUCAAUAUCCCCUCGUGGCAUACCAGCCUCUCACCCAAAGACAGCUGAGAUCAAAUUAUUUUAACUAUUUUAAAGCAAAACUGUCAAACAUUUGCUGCUUUUCUUUGUAUUAAGUAAUAUUAAUGAACCCUUCAGACUGUUAGAGGUUGUGAUCUGCUGCUUCUUCACAUUGGAAAAUAGUCUACUGAACACUUUGAAAGCUUUUUUCUUUAAUAGUUUGGUACCGAAGAGUUUAAUGCCCUUCCUGAGAAGGUGUUGUUGAACAAAAGUCUAAAAAUCCUCCAUCUUGUUGAUGAAUAAGAGGCUUUGUGUAGAGCUUUAUCACAGAGUAUUUAAUUAUUAACUAACUAACUAACAAAGUAUCCAACAGUGCCUACAUGCCCGGGCACAUACCAUCAGUAGUGAUAAUAAGGCAGUCAACGUGUGGUCACAAAAUCUAGUUUUCAUCAGAAUUUCUACAGCUGUUGCCUCUCAUUCAUCAACAGCACUGCUCUGUGCACGAGCGUUUAAUAACUGCUGCUCUUUGAUUUGUGUUUGUCUGAUGUGAUCUUUCACUGUUAUAGAUGUUUUUUUUGUGUCCUAUCAAUCCGACAUCAGCUCUGCUCUUGCGGCUCAUUGCAGCAAAGACAAGAUAAAAGAAGGAAAUGAUUGAGAUGUAUAUGAGGAGAUGUUAUGUAAUAGUUUGAUAUGUAGCCCCACCACCUGAUGUUCAAUGUGACUGAAAGCUUUGAGAAUGACUGAACAUUGACAGUGUUUUUCAGUUUUAUUUCCUUUGCCUUGCUUUUUAUAAGCCCUGUCUGAACUACAUUACACAUCAGCUCCUUCAAACAGUAACAACCCUUGUGUCUGUGGUUUUUCCUUUGAAUUUGAGCUCAUUCUCAGACUCUACACCAUGUUCUUAACUGAGGGAAAAGGAAGAAGUGGAUUACUUGGAUGUGUAUCUGAAGCAGACUGUGACUAUCAUAUGUGCAGACCUCCAGUUACUGAUGAUGUUAAAGAUCCAACUGCAAAACCACAGUUUGACGAUGUGAUGCAUUUGCAUUUUAUUUAACUGAACUGGAAUACACUAGCUGUUGUUUUCUGAU